CAGGUACAAAAUUGUACACCCGGUUCCAUUCACCACAUCUGCCUAGAAAGUGUAACGAGAAGUCUUAUUAGCCUAAACCAUCCUGAAAAAAUUCGAUCAGGAAUCAAAACCUUAUCCUCUUAAACGCCAACCACAUCCUUUGUUUGCACUCAAAAGGGCUCCUAAGAUUUCAUCAACCAGAGCAGAACAUGGCAACACUUCAAUUUACAACAUCUCCUUCCUUCAAUCUCAUUAAACCAAGAAAUCAAGCCAAUGUUCCUGCUUUGCAAUUGCACGGCCUCUGGUCAAGACCAAGGUUGAAUCGCCACCUGUCGUGCACUGCCAGGUCUUACAAAGUUUCAAUUGAGCACGAAGGUAAAACAACUGAGCUAGAGGUUGAACCUGAUGAGACAAUUCUAUCCAAGGCAUUGGAUAAUGGCUUGCCUGUGCCACAUGACUGCAAGCUUGGGGUGUGCAUGACUUGCCCAGCUCAACUUCUCAGUGGAACAGUUGAUCAAAGUGAAGGAAUGCUCAGCGAUGAUGUUGUGGAGCGUGGAUAUGCAUUACUCUGUGCAUCUUAUCCAAGAUCAGAUUGUAAAAUUCGGACUAUACCGGAGGAAGAGUUGCUCUCUCUGCAGCUAGCAACAGCCAAUGACUAAAGCUCACGUCCGAUACCUGUUCCAUUUUCGAGUGUUAGUGUAGAACGAGAAUUUUUGCUGCUACAAUUUGGUACUGACAAAAGUACUUUCUUUCUUCGUGGUCUCAUUCCUGUCUCCUGUUUAAAUCUACUGCAAAGAUUGAGUUAUGGUAAUCUACCAUACUGUUGGGCAUAAGAAUGUAAAGUACUGAUUUGCUGAAUGACCGAUAUAUAAAUCAUCUGAUAGUAUAAUUACGGGGUUAUGUUCAACGCAUUUCUUGGAAGCAUGAUGUUCUGAAGUUUUCACUGAAACAGGGAGAAAGAAAGCCGGAUCUUCUGGAGCUGA